AUGGAGAAUCGGAAAGCUGUCGGACCGGACGAGGUGCCAAUUGAAGCGUGGAAAGCGCUGGGGGCUCAUGGUGUGUGCAUUCUUACUAACCUUUAUAAUAGAAUCCUGAGCGACCGAAUAAUGCCCGAUCAGUGGCGGCUUAGUAUAAUAACGCCGGUCCACAAUGGUAAAGGGUCCGUUCAGGAUUGCGGUAAUUACCGCGGUAUAAAGGUGAUGUCACACACCAUGAAGCUCUUCGAGCGCAUUAAUGACACCAGCAUCCGACAGGAGUGUACAGUGUCGGACUCCCAGUACGGUUUCCAACCAGGACGCGGUACCAUGGACCCUAUAUUCGCCCUAAUGAUCCUCAUGGAGAAGCACAGGGAAAAGAAUAUGCCUCUGCAUUUUUUAUUCCUAGACCUGCAGAAGGCCUUUGACUGUGUUCCUAGGGAGAUGAUCUGGUGGGCGUUGCGGUCGAAGUUGGUACUAGAGACCUUCGAGGAAAUCGUACGUGGCAUGUACCGCAACUCCGAUUCAAUAGUCAGGACCGCUGUUGGUGAUACAACCCCUUUCCCCACAACCGUAGGCGUGCAUCAGGGCUCCGUCUUAAGCCCCUAUCUCUUCAGUGUGCUAUUAGACGAACUGUCAGCCAGCGUACAGAAACUACCGCAGCCUUGGCUGCUUAUGUACGCUGAUGAUAUCGCACUGGUAGAUGGGGACAAAGGACGGCUCACCAGACGCGUGCACGCAUGGAGGGAGGUGCUUGAGAACGGCGGUCUGAAGCUAAAUGUGGCGAAGACGGAGUAUAUGGCCUGCAACAGCACAGAUCUGACGUCUCUCCGUAUAGGCGACGACACCAUCGAGCGCACCGGGGACAUCGAUUGCGACAUCAAGGCCCGUAUAUCAGCGGCUUGGGCGAAAUGGCGCGAGUUGACGAUGUUAUAUUUGAUCUCUGGGUCUGAAAAUAUGUUAAUAUCUUCUUUCAGGCUGUUGAGCGCGGUGCGCUCCGCGAGGGAAGCCCUGACCAGAGGCGCGCCUUUAGCAGACGGUAUUCUUAAAUCGUUGAUAUCAGUCUUUGUGAUCUGCUGUAUAGCCGUGUCCUCGCCCCAGACAGCGUCAGCGAAGCCCUUCGCGUUUAGUUUCCCAGCAGGCUGGUCCCUGGCUGGGCUCGUUGGGACCGUCGGGGCAAGGUCCGAGGAUGCUGAAAGGCGGGAGCCCGCGGCUGGAGUGAAGCCGUACACGGGGCGACGUGUGGGCAACGACACAUUACGAAUGAUCUAUCAUCACGACCAGACAGUCGCGGUGGUAGAGCUGGGCCCCGGCAAGCUGCUGCUGAAUUGUGAGCUCAUCGAGACUUAG